AUGAAUUUGGAUGUUGUGGCUGAAGACGUGAGAUCUAUUGGAAAAGCAGGCGCUGGAGGGAUUGAAUUGCUCGGUUAUUACUCAUAUGGAGAUGCUCCUACUUUUGGCGGAUCACUCAUCACGCCAUUGCAAACUGAUUGGACUGUUUUUGGGUUCGGUGGAGCUCCCUGGAAGGAAAUGGUCAAUAAGAUUUUAGAAGUCUCGAAGGAGCAAAGUCUUAUCGUUGACUUUGCCAACGGGCCCAACCAAGGCGCAGGUGUUCCGGCACCAUAUGACAGUGAUGGUCUCCUUUGGAAUCUCGCUGCAUAUAACUCAACAUUUUCCAGUGCCAAAGGCUACAAAGGCACCAUUCCUGGAUGGGGAGCAGGUCGGUUGAUUGCCGCAACGACAGGGACUGUGAAAUCAAGCUCUACAACGGAGAAAAUUCUCUACGAGAGUUCUCUCCAGGAUGUUACAAACAUGGUCAAAUCCGAUGGGAGCCUGAAGAUCAAGGCGACCAGCAAAUCCAAGGCCACCGAGAGUCUUGUCUUUGCUUAUUACCUUGUCCAUUCCCGAUAUCGCGAGGCUCCAAACCCCACUGACCCAUCAAUUGAGACAGCAGUACCACAGUCUCCGGUUACAGACUACUCCCAAAAUGGAUCAUGGGUCGUCGAUCACUGGUCUCCUGCCGGUGCACAGGUUGUGGCUGACUUCUGGAGGCGGUCCAUCUUGGACACUGAGAAUGGUGAACUUAUUCGCGAGGUUGGAAACUAUCUUUGGGAAGAUAGUCAGGAAUUUAGCGCGGAUACAUAUUGGACACCUGACCUGCAAAAGAAAUUCCUCUCCAACCGAGGUUACAACAUCAACAAGUACAUACCGCUGGUGAUCGGGUCUGGGAAAUUUACUCCGAGCAUCACCUACGUCACCGAUGAGAGCGACGCAGGUGCUAGUCACAUGGUUGAUUAUCAGCAAACGUUGACGGAGCUCAAUGCUGAAUACCUCGAAGCUUUAACGAAAUGGAGCAAUGACCUAGGAGUUCAAUUCUCAGCACAAGUGGUAUACAAUUUACCUAUGGACAUGCUUGCCAACGUCCCAUAUGUCAACGCCCCGGAGUGUGAAACACUAGGUUUCAGUGAGAAUAUUGAUGGAUAUAGGCAGUUCAGUGGUCCCGCAAACCUAGCAGGAAAACGUGUCAUCUCAAGCGAAGCCGGUGCACAAAUCUAUGAGGCCUAUCAGGAAUCUAUAUCUGAGCUCCUGUGGACAUUCAAACGUUCCUUUGCUGGUUCUGUCAACAAUUUUAUCAUUCAUGGGUUUCCAAACUCUGGCAACUAUGGAAAUACGACCUGGCCUGGCUUCACAACAUUCAUGUAUCUGUUUUCGGCUAUGCAUGGACCUCGACAGCCGGCCUUUGCUUUCUACUCGGAGUUCCUUAAUUGGGUUUCUCGUAAUCAAUUCAUUCUGCAGACUGGGAUUCCCAGGGUUGAUGUUGCUUUUUGGUCGAAAUCUACGACCUACACUAGUAUACCGACUAGCUAUGUCCCCGUGGAUUUGCAAGAAGCAGGCUAUACUUACGAGUACCUCAGCCCGGACAACUUUGUGCUCCCCGAAGCUUAUGUUUCCGAUGGCACUUUUGCCCCAAAUCGACAGGCAUUCAAGGCCCUAGUCAUUCGGUCCAAUGAGACUCUCACGGCUUUAGGUGUCAAAGAACUCGUUCACUAUGCCCACGCUGGCCUUCCGAUUAUAUUCCCUGGCGGACUACCAUCAAACUUUAGUGGAUACAACCCAACAGCUGCCGCUGAGGCCAUUCAGCUAUUGAACGGGAUAAAGUCAUUGAAGAACGUGCAUUUGGUCAAGUCAGAUGGUCUUGCAUAUACCCUUCAAUCUCUCGAGAUCUUGCCGCGAAGCUCAGUUACGGCAAACGGCACGUGGUAUUCGCUGUGGAGAGAGGACACAGCCAAAGAAAAGCCCUACAUCUACGUAUACAACGACGCCACAGGUCUAUCUUUCAAAGGUGGAAUGACCUCUGGGACCAUAUCAUUUGAAAGUACUGGCGUUCCGUUCCUUUACGAUGCAUGGUCGGGAGACGUCACUCCUAUUUCUUCCUAUAACCAGUCUAAGACACAUACGACAAUCCCUCUCCAAUUAGCCGGUAACCAAUCCGUCAUUAUCGGCUUUGAGAAAAAUACCAACUCAAAUGUCCACAUUCAGGACACCACGAUCCCCGUUCUUCCUACGAGGAGCGACUCCAAGUCUCUGACUGUCUUAAGAUCAUUCGAUGAGGAAUCACGAGAUAUAACCCUCUCAACCGGGAAGAGAAUAUCACUCGCUCCGAUGACAACAAAACCCUUCACGCUAAGCAACUGGACCUUGGAGAUCGAGUCAUGGACGCCGUUACCAGACUUCUACAACGCCGAAGGCUCAACUCGCACCAACGAAACAUUCCACGUUCCGAGUCUCAUUCCUUGGAACCAAAUCUCCCACACGUUGACCAACGUCUCGGGAAUAGGGUACUAUACCACGACCUUUACUUGGCCACCAGCCUCCUCAAGCGUGUCGGGUGCAUUCAUUGAUCUUGGUCCAAUCACCCACACAGCGCGCGUCAUGGUAAACGGGCAACAGUUGCCAUCGCUAGAUAUUUCCUGGGGCCGAACUGACAUUGGGUCUUUCCUUCAACACGGGCAGAAUGUUGUAGACAUUAUUGUCAGUACGACUCUGGGUAACGUGCUACGGACGUAUUGGGAUCGGCUUGAGACGAGCGGAAGACUAGCGUCGGAUGUUGUUACUGAUCCGCCCGCUGUGGAGGAGUAUGGAUUAGUUCAUCCCGUGCAAAUUGUCCCUUACCGCGAAGACAAGGUAGUCUAG